UGGGACGUAGCAGCGUGCUCUGGGCGCAUGGACUUGGAGCGGCUUAAUAUGGAGGGGGUGCGUCGUUGCUGGCCUUGGGAAAGAACGUUUCGUUGACACUGUACAUUUUUUCAACGCUCCUUUGAAGGAAGACUCUUUGUGGGCUUGUUGAUUGAGUUCGCGUUCGCUCUUUACAGACGGGUUAUUGAAGAGAUUGGGAUUUUACGGAGACGCUGCACGUCACUGGGCAAACUGCACUACUACGACCACGACCACAAUCAUUCUGGAAUAAGAAAGAGAACAAGUCACCAUGGUCAACUUUGGCAAAAUCAUCCUCGGCGCGCGAGCCCUCCAGGCGCUCCUGUCUGUCGUCGUCCUCGGCCUCAUGGCCUACGUCGCCUCCUGGUGGUCCUCCCACUGGCGCGCCAUGUCGCCCGUCGAAGUAAACUUCAUGGUCUUCAGCCCGGUGUGGUCGCUCCUCGCGCUGGCAGCUCUCGUCGUCGUCCCCAUGAAGUUCUCCUCCCUCGCCGCCUCCUCGCCCGGCAAGUUUGGCCUGCUCGCCCUCGAGAUUCUGACCAUGCUGUACUGGUUCGGCGGAUUCAUUGCGCUGGCACUGUUCCUUAGGGAUCGCAUCUGCUUUGGCGCUGUGUGCGAUGUCGCCAAGGCGGGGACGGCGCUGAGCGCGGUGAACUGGCUGGUAUGGAUGGGGAGCGUGGUGUUGAGCGCGGUGAUGGUAUUCAAGAGAGAGACGAUUGCGCCGAUGCUGAAGGAGCCAAAGGUUGAGAUGCACCAGGGUGUUUAGAGGAAGGGUUCGAGAGCGGAUGUCAUGAUGGGGUGCAAAGGGAAAGUGCGGCUGGCCGUCGAGACUGGCGCUCAAUGAUGGCCACGCGAGGGAAUUCACAGCUUUGGGAUCACGAACGGCGCGCUUCUACAGGUGGAUGGGCUUGGCUAGGGACGGUGCUUAAUUGGGCGUUUCUUGUUACAUUCUUUUUCAGGGCAGCGUACACUUGAAUGUUGUUUACUACUUUCCAAAUAUCAUAGGGCCAAUGAAUC